CAAAUACUUCCUGUCAGUCUACUUCCUGAAUUCCCGAAUAAGAGAAACAUUGUAAGAACACUGUCGUUACCAUCACUGUCUAUGAUUUUUCUAUUAAGACAUCAUCAUCAUCAUCAACAUCGCCAAAAUCAGCAUCAAUGGCUUUCAGAAAAGCAGUGAAGGGCACCCUGAUAGGGGGCGGAGCUGUAGCAGCUGCCUUUGGCCUAUCACAGUACUUUGAAUACAGAAAGAAUCAGGCUCGGCUGGCGUAUGUCGAAGCACAGGGUGAAUUAAAGAUGCCAUUUAAAGAUGCCCUCCCAACGAGAGAGGAACAACUUACAGCACUCAAAACUACUGAAGAGUUUGACGUUUUGGUGGUGGGGGGCGGAGCCACAGGCUCAGGAUGUGCCUUAGAUGCUGUCACACGGAAUCUGAAAACAGCCCUUGUCGAACGGAGCGAUUUUUCAUCAGGCACCAGCAGCAGAAGCACCAAGCUCAUUCACGGCGGGGUCCGCUAUCUGCAGAAAGCCAUCAUGAAACUAGAUUAUGAGCAGUACAUGAUGGUGAAAGAAGCCCUUCAUGAGCGUGCCAAUCUGCUGAACAUUGCACCUCACCUGUCUGCCCCUUUACCCAUAAUGCUUCCUGUUUACAAGUGGUGGCAGCUACCAUAUUACUGGGCCGGCAUCAAGAUGUACGACCUGGUGGCCGGAUCGCACUGUCUGAAGAGCAGUUACGUCUUGAGCAAGAGCAAAGCGCUGGAGCUCUUCCCUAUGCUGAAGAAAGACAAGCUUGUUGGAGCUAUUGUCUACUAUGAUGGACAGCACAAUGACUCGCGUAUGAACCUGGGCAUUGCUCUUACAGCGGCCCGUCAUGGUGCUGCCGUUGCUAACUACACAGAGGUGGUUCACUUGCUGAAGAAAGCAGACCCUAUAACAGGCCAAGAGAAAGUAUGUGGAGCACACUGCAGAGACGUGAUCACUGGGCGAGAGUUUGACGUCCGUGCCAAAUGUGUCAUUAACGCUACCGGCCCCUUCACCGAUUCGUUGCGUAAAAUGGACAACCAGAAAACUCCCAACAUCUGCCAGCCCAGCGCAGGAGUCCACAUUGUCAUACCUGGAUACUACAGCCCUGACAACAUGGGACUAUUAGACCCCGCCACCAGCGAUGGUCGUGUCAUAUUCUUCCUGCCCUGGGAGAAGAUGACGAUCGCUGGGACGACAGACACGGCCACUGAGGUCACAGCCCAUCCCAUCCCUAUGGAGGAGGACAUCAACUUUAUCCUGAGCGAAGUGCGACAUUACCUCAGCAAUGACGUGGAAGUGCGGCGAGGGGAUGUCCUGGCAGCCUGGAGUGGCAUUCGUCCCCUGGUCACCGACCCAAACUCCAAAGACACGCAAUCCAUCUGUCGCAACCACAUCGUCAACGUCAGCGACUCCGGCCUUGUCACCAUUGCUGGUGGGAAGUGGACGACCUAUCGUGCCAUGGCUGAAGAGACCCUCGAUGCUGCCGUAAAGGCACAUAACCUCUCAGCUGGGCCAAGUAGGACGGUCGGUCUGUUGCUGGAGGGUGGGAAGGACUGGACCCCCACUCUGUACAUCCGCUUGGUUCAGGAUUACGGUUUGGAGAACGAGGUUGCCCAGCACCUGGCAGCCACUUAUGGAGGAAGAGCAUUUGAAGUGGCAAAGAUGGCAAAGGUGACAGGCAAGAGAUGGCCCAUAGUGGGAAAACGCCUUGUAUCUGAAUUUCCCUACAUAGAGAGUGAGGUGCAGUAUGCUAUAAAGGAGUAUGCCUGUACAGCUAUUGAUGUCAUCGCUCGACGAACACGUCUGGGCUUUCUGAACGUGCAGGCUGCAGACGAGGCUCUUCCACGUAUUGUUGAGAUUAUGGGUAAAGAGCUGCAGUGGAGCGAACAAAAAAAGAAAGAAGAGCUGGAAGCAGCUAAAAAUUUCCUGUACCUGGAGAUGGGCUAUAAAACUCGAUCGGAACAGCUAAGCAAGACAACAAUAAUGUCCCUUACGCUUGAAGAAGUGGAAAGGUAUAAAAAGCGCUUUUACAAAUUUGAUAAGGAGAGUAAAGGUUUUAUUACGACAUUGGAUGUCCAGCAGGUUCUAGAGAAACUCAGCAUUCAUAUUGAUGAGAACGCUCUUCACGAGAUCCUCAACGAGGUUGACCUCAACAAAAACGGACAGGUGGAACUGAAUGAGUUCUUGCAGCUCAUGACUGCGGUCCAGAGAGGGCAAAUCUCUGACAACCGUCUUGCUAUCCUGAUGAAGACAGCAGAGGAGGGGCUGGACAUGAGAGGACCAGUCUCGGUUGAUCGAAGCGGAGGCGGAGUUUAAAUACCAUCCCCCAAUCAAAACAAUUCCAGACGACAGCUCCAAAAUGCUGAUCACUGUGCCAACACUGGUCAGAUCACAAGCACAUCCUGUAAAACCAUGAACUUUGAGCCUUUUAAUUAUUUCAUAAUUUUUUUAAUCUUUUAAAGCUUUUGUUUUAGCAUGCUCCAUGCAAAUUAAUACGUUUAAAGAGAAAUAUAUUCUUAAAUAAUUAUUAUAAAGAGUAUAUAUUUUUAUCACUCCUAAUAUUAUUACGUUACUAAUGUAUUAUUUAAUGUUGGUGUGCAUGAUUUAGUGAGCUUCACUUGCUUUACGAAUGCGAUUAAUUUGCUUCGUCAAACAAUAAGGUAAAAUUUAAAGGAACAGUUCACUCAGUAUGACUUCCUUUCAUUAGCGGAACACAAAUGCAGAUCUGAGAUUUAAUGCAGAUAUGACAGCACAUUGAUAAAACACGCUCAAGUCACGUAAGAACCAAUGAGAUUUAUAGCUAUUGACAUGCUGUCAUGUUUAAGCUUGUUCAUUUCAGUUUUGGUAGGUAAAAUAUAAGAGAAUUUUCUUUUUUGGGGUAAACUGUUCCUUUAAGGGCUCCUGGCGACGUCUUGAAAAUGCACUACACUUUAAUUUCGCAGGUUAACACUGCAUACUGCUGUAUUGUUACUGUUAUGAAUAACAGUGGUGUUUGUUUUGCUUCACUCCAAAGUGCUUAUGCAUUUUCUGAAUGUUUUUUAAAAUCAAGUGUUUUUAUUGUACUUUGAUAAAUGUUUUACCUUGGCUUUUUAAAAUUUUCAAAUGACAGAAUACUGUUAAAAUCACUAAUCAUUGUGUAUUGUUUUAUACAGAUCAGGUAUUUGUACUCUCUACAGUGUUUUGAGAUUAUUAAUUGGCAUCAGCUUGUGUUAAACUAAUGAAUUUUACAUUUACAUUAUUAUUGUUUAAAGGAAAACACCACAGUUUUUCAAUAUUUUACUAUGUUCUUACCUCAACUUAGACGAAUUAAUACAUACCUAUCUUUUUUCAAUGCAUAUUCUUUGGUAGAGCGUUGUGAAUGUGUUA